GGGUUGUGGAAUUCGUCGGACUGGCACCAGGGCCGUUUUGUGGCAAAAUUCUUGCCGACUUUGGUGCGUCAGUGCUGCGGGUUGAUAAGGCAAACAUCUAGAAGAUAUUCGGAUGGACAUGAAAGUCGACCCCGUUGGCAAGCUGCAGGUGCAAAUUUCCAAUGGCAUCAUAGAGAAACUGUUGGUCUAUCAGCUGAAUAAACUGAGCCCGUGCAUUUUUAGGGAAUCGUUGUCGAGUACUUUAAAGCGUAGUACAAGUAGAGAAGCUCAAGCCGUUCAAGUUGCUGAAAUGUAUAAAUCUUGAAAACAAAUCAAGGAAAAUAUUUUGUUGCUUUGACCAUUGCCUCACUUCGGCCAUUGUCUCUAUGUGGAAAGAAAAUAGUUCAAGCCCUGUGUUAUGGAUAAACCUAAACUGGGAGAUAGUGGUUCACCAAAUUAUGGCAAUACAUAUUAACCAACUCCGAAAUUUCAUCGCAAAUAACACCAAUCGGUAGAACAUUGAUUGACAGAUUUGUCAUACUUUUACAGAUUUUACGUGGAUAAGUUUAAAGUUUUGGAUACGGAAGAAAUAAUUAAAGCCUAUCCAUGUUAAUAUCAUAUCAUUGAACAUCAUGGGUUUACUUCUAUUGGCAAAUAGACUAGGGAAUCCACAGAGUCAAGAAAUAAAGACAUAUAAAGUUAUCCGUUGUGCCAUACUAGAAAAAUGACCCGAGUAUUGACUAAUAGACUCUUAUUAAACAGGGAUUUAUAAGACCCGCUAGCACUUUUCAUGAAAGAUCUAAAUUGUUAGCAUGAACGAUACAUAUAUACAUUUUUUAAUAAUGCAAAUUAAGAUGGAAAAGGUUUGGGAAACUAAUUUCGAUGUGUUACAAUGCGGAAAAAGUACUCUAAGGAUUAAUAUAAAGGAAGCUGAGGGACGUGAACUUGCUCGCAGACUUGUUCUAACUCAUGAUGUUUUAAUUGAUCCGUUUCGACCUGGAGUCAUGGAAAAUAUUGGCCUUGGACCAGAUGACUUGUGUAAGGAAAACCCAAGGUUAAUUUACGCCCGUUUAACAGGAUUUGGCCAAUAUGGACCCUUAGCCAAGCGAGCCGGACAUGACAUUAACUACCUUGCUAUUUCUGGUGUGCUCUCUAUGCUCCGCUCUCAAAAUAACAAGCCAACACCACCUAUUAAUAUUUUAGCAGAUUUUGCUGGCGGAGGUUUAAGUUGUGCUUUAGGAAUUUGUUUAGCACUUUUAGAACGCCAUCGUUCUGGGUGUGGACAAAUAAUUGAUGCUUCCAUGUGUGAGGGUGUUGCUUACUUAUCCUCAUGGUUGUUUUUGUCUCGUUCCCUUCCCAUCUGGGGAAACUCUGCAGGGCAAAACAUGUUAGAUGGAGGAGCUUUCUUUUAUGAUUCAUACGAAACAAAAGACGGUAAAUACAUGUCUGUAGGAGCAUUGGAACCACAGUUCUUCAAUACAUUUAAACAAAAAUUGGGAUUGCCUGAACUUACUCAGUAUUAUGAAAAUCAAUCCCAGAAAGAAAGUGCCAGAGAUGCAGUAAAGAAAGCUUUUCUAGAAAAAACACAAGCUCAUUGGUGUAAAAUAUUUGAAAACGUCGACGCUUGUGUUUUCCCAGUUGUUGAAUGGGAAGAAGUAGCAACAUACAAUCACAAUAAAUUGAGAUCAAACUUUCAAGAAUUGAAUAAUGAACUAGCGCCUGUGCCAUCACCUAUCCUGAGUAGAACUCCUGGAAGUCUAAAAAGUAAAUAUAAAAAUUCUAGCGCCGCACAAUUUUUUAAAAAUAUUGGUUUAAGUAACGAUGCUUCAAACGAAAUGGUCGAGAAUGGCGAAAUUUUAUUUACCCACUGUAAUGCUAAGCUGUGAGUGCUUCUUUUGACAUAAAAUAUGAAGAAAUCCCUGUGCAAACUACUUUUUCGAAAAACAUAUGUAUAUGUAAUCGAAAAAGCAGUUCUAAUGCAUUAUAUAGUUAAGUUAAUUGUAAUGCAAGUGGUUGCAUACGUAUCCACAUAAAAAAAAGCAGAUACGCUUCGAUUAUUCAGAAAUUCUCGGUAAAUGUGUUGCAGUGCAAUUUAAGCCUUAACCUGUUAAGUAAUUAUGUCAAUUUCAAAAGUUCAUUUUUUAGUUAAUGUCGUAUAUGUGCAUGACGCCGAAAAAGGAAAUUGCAUUAGCUAUGAAAUUUAAAGUUAAGCAAAAAACGAAAAUUUCCCUGUUAUUUUGGCAUUAUAAAGUAAGCAUGAACACUGAAUUUCCUGAUAAUCGUUAUCAUAAUCGCUCAGCCAACAAUGCGGUGGAUCCAAUAUUUGGUUGAAAACCGAUUUUGCAUCGACAGUCCAUCGCUUGAAAGUAAUUCAGCACAGUAAAUCGAGCUGUCUAAGAAAAAUUAAUCGCUUAACAGGUUAAAUAAGCAUUAUUCGUUAUUUACAAUGAAGUGAAGCUAUGUAUACAUACAUAACUACAUCUCGGUUAAUAUAAACCCCAUAAUUUUAUGUUAUUGAGAAUGUUAAUUUCGUUAUUACGCAAAUAUGGGCGUUUUCUACAAUGUAUGUACACAAUGUAAAAGUAUCGCAUCAAUACUGCAUAAAUACCUUAUCUAUACAUUGCAUCAGUAAAUUAUUGAUACUUUGUAAAGUUAUGCCUUGCAACCCUAUUGACGUUUUGGAACAUUUCAUUUUACUUUGAAUAAUAAAAAUUAAAUAGUAAAAAAAAAUAAUCUUAUAAUGAUAAAAACAAUUUCAUUAAAACUUACCUUCUUCGUUU